AGCUUCAUGUCCUCUCCCCGCAGACAAAUCUGAAUACCCUGCUAGACGAAUGUUGACACGAAUCCGUCGCAAUCACCAUAAUCCAUGUUACAAGUGCAUGAACUACGUGGAUUCCUGGGGAAUUGCGUGCGGCAUAUGCUGGGUUGUGAUAUAAGAUGGUAGCUAGUAACUGCGACGCGGGUUGCCGUCUUGUGGCCAUUUUCGAGCUCUGUCUUGCCUUACCUGGGAGAAGUUUUUCUGUGGGAUUCGCGGUGAAUGGUAGGAUUCAAUGCAGAACUGUAAGUGGAGAAGGAAGGAUUCGAGCUUUUGGAGUGUGAAUUUUGAGAAUGUGUUGUGAGCCUGUGGGUAGUGAGGGGUCGCUCCAGGGUGCUUGAGCACGGAGAGGGUUUGCUGUGGAGGAAUUGGGUUACUGUUGGUGUGGGUUCGAGUUUUAGGUUUUGUGGCGGUUUAGAUGGAUGAGAAGAGGGAAGAGGAGCGGGUGGUGACCAUGAUUGUGAGUGGGGAGUCGAAGACGGGACCAACGCAUGGUCGUAUUUGCAACCCAUGGCGACUCGGAGAAUCAGAUGCGCGGUCUCGUGAACCAAUAGUGGAGCAGAGCUUCAUGAGCAGCAGAGUGAGGGAUAUGACGUCCGCACCGAUUGUUGUUGAUGACGAGGACGAUGAUGUUGUUGUAUCAUCACCAAGGGCUUUUGCUCAGGCUAAAUUGAUUGCGAGCAUAGAAUCUCGCCGCUCCUCACGACAUCAAGUACUCGUGGAAGAGGAUCCUUUGGCAUUGCGUCUUGGCCCUGGAGGGACAUCGCAGUAUAGCGUUCGGACACAGUCAAGUAUCACUCAGCCUCUCCGUGGUCGGCGGGGGCGACCAGCCAGGGCAACAAUAGAUCUCACGAUUCCGUCAAGAUCACCUCCAGUAAUUCCAUUGGUUGAGGACUGCGUGCUUCUUAACGACAAUCUUCCUAAGAGUAGAAAACGAAAAAAUGUUCUCAUCGAACAAUCUUUCAUGCAAGAGCUUGCUCCAACCAUACAAGCCAACGAGCCAGAGGGGCGUAAAUUCAAGUGUGCCAUUUGCAUGGACACAAUGAAGGAAGAGACGUCCACCAUUUGUGGUCAUAUCUUUUGUCAAUCUUGUAUUCAAGGGGCGAUCAAUGCACAGAAGAGGUGUCCAACUUGUCGGAGGAAGCUGACCAUGAAAAACGUCCAUCGGAUAUAUAUUUAGAUUUCAUGCAGAAUUAGCAAGUUUCACAGAUUAUCAGAAUUUAGUCAUUAUUACAACUUAGCGUUUCCGAGUGAAUAUGCUGGAUAUCUUAAGCAAUCCAUCCAGAUGUAAGGGAUUUAGUGAGGUAAUGGAAGAUUUUAAUCAUUAGAUGCAAGGCCAAAAUUUUUUGGGACCCAUUAGAAGGUGUUGAAAAUGUGCAGAGAAGCUCAUGGCUGUGCACAACCGCUUGCCUUGGUUGCUCUCUUUGGGAACACUGGAGUUGAAACACUUGUUGUACAUUGAACAUUCGCUUUGUACUCGAAACUCAUGUUACUUUACAUAACUAAGUCAUUUAUGUUUGGUUUUCA